ACACUCCAGCACACCUCUGCGUCGCUGCACAGAACCGCUCCUUGUCCCGUUAUCGCCAGGUGACUUCGCGACCUCCGUCCCCCGCUUAUGCUCUCGCGCGCCUGGAAGCCGGCCUUGGCAGCGGCUGCGGUUGGCGUGCCGUCGUACUAUGCGUACAAGCACUACGGCCGGAACGACACAUUCGAGAUCGUGGUGAGAGUCACUGGCGCCGACGGGAAACCCGAGCGCCAGAAGAUGGUCCUCCCCCUCCAAUCUAUGGCGCAGAUCAAUGCGCGGCUGCACGAGCACGAGACCUCAAAGACUUGGCACCGUCCGGGUGUAGUCUGGAAGUCAACCACCUCUUUCCUCCCGAGCAAUGAUCCCAUCGAGGACGCGAAUGCGGCGCAGAUCGUGCAGAAGAGCGCUGGCGAGCUUGGCGACUACGUCUUCUACGCUGUCAUGGACGGCCAUGGCGGCAGCAACACCUCGAAGCUCCUCUCGCACGUCCUCAUACCCACCGUCGCGCGCGAGCUGGCGUCCCUGACACAGCCCGAGGAAUCAGCAGGCCUGGGGAAGCGUGUCGCAUCGCUGAUCUGGUCAAAGCCAAAACUCGAAACCGACCCCUUGAGCAUCUCAAAGGCCAUUCAGAACGCGUUUACUCGGCUCGACGAUGAGAUCCUGAAGAUGCCCGUCCAAUACCUCGCUUCUGCCAUGGAUUCCUCCUCUCGCGACAAGGACCUGAUUCCUGACCUUCGUGAAGACCAGGUAGCCCUGCUGGCGCUGAAGACAGCCGUGUCGGGCAGCUGCGCUCUCUUGACGUUACUUGAUACGGAUAAGAGGGAUUUGUACGUUGCCUGCGUUGGUGACAGCCGUGCUGUCGCUGGCGUUAAGAAGGCGGACUCUUGGGGUGUCGACGUCUUGACACAGGACCAGACUGGGAGGAAUCCUGAUGAGGUCGCAAGAAUCAAGUCAGAACACCCUGCGGAAGAGGCUGAUAACCUCGUCCGAAACGGUCGUAUAUUCGGUGGCUUGGAGCCCUCUCGAGCAUUUGGCGACGCGAAGUACAAGUGGCCUAGACAAGUGCAGCAUAUCCUCUCCGACACCAUCGCCCCCGUCGGCACUCGGCCUCACAUGAUGAACCUCCUCGAGACCCCGCCGUACGUGAUUGCCCGACCUGCCAUUACCCAUCGCAAGCUUGCGCUACCUGCGGACCCGCAAACCGGGAAGGAGAUGAAGUUCAUCGUGAUGGCUACUGACGGUCUUUGGGAUCAGCUGAGCUCAGAAGAAGUCGUCAGCCUCGUAGCUGGCCACUUCGCCGGCCUCAAGGGCGCAAUUCCAAAAGCCGACCUCGAGCAGCGCAUCCCGACGACAAUCUCGAGCCCCACGGUCGAAGGCAAGGUCAAAACUCGUCGCACGUCGGAGGGCACCUGGGCGUUCACCGACGACAAUGUCAGCACUCACCUGAUUCGCAACGCUUUCGGCGGCGCGGACGAGGACAAGUUGAGGCAUAUUCUGAGCAUUCCUGCUCCGCAUUCGCGUAGGUAUCGCGACGAUAUCACGGUCACGGUGGUUUGGUGGGAGGGUGAGGAAGAUCCUCAACAGGUCAAGGCGAAGCUGUAAUGUGGUAGACAGUGGGAUAUCUAAUCUUGGUAGUCAUCCAUGGCGCUUUAUGAGGAUCGGCUGAUAUCGGGGUCAA